AUGAGCCUAAACUUUAGCGACGAUGAUGAGGUGUAUGCCCAGGAUGGGGCGAAAAAUGGGGAACCAGAUGACUUGAAUGGUGGAGCACUAGGGGAUCCCAUGGGGGACGUGGCGGAGCACUACAUGGGGGACCAGGCAGAGGACUACAUGGGAGACGUGGCGGACGAUCCCGUUGGGGAAGAGCACAAUGAACAGGAGGAAAAGAAGAAACGGAAAAAAAGCAUGGGGUUUCAACUGAAAAACAUUUUUAACGAUGUAGCUUUGAAUAAAAUCACUAGUUACAUUAGGAAGAAGCGGAAGAGUGAAAAGAGAAACAGUUACACAAGCACGUGGAAUGAUUCACAUGCAGGUGAUAACCAUGGCAGUAGUGGUGAGCAAGGCGACAGUGACGAUGAUGGAAUGGGCGAUGAAGAAGACGAGCUGCAAAAGUAUGUGCGCGAGGAAAAAGACAAAAUAAAACAAAUACUCCCACAAAAUGAUGAAUUGUGGGAUAUAUAUAUGUACUUAAAUUUAAAAAAAAAGAAAAGAAAAAUUGAUUAUAACGAAAAACACUACACAGCAGCUAUUCGGAAGAUACUAGAGUGCAUAACGAAUGAUUACAAAACGAUUGUUAUUGCAAAGUUGUUCGAAAAUCAAGUGCUCAAAAAGUACUUAAUUUUACCUGACCAGUCAGAUUUUUUUAAAAACAGCAAAAUUGAAUAUAUCGGGAGGAAUACUUCUGUGCCUAUUAUAAAAAGGAAGAAUUAUCUUUUGGAAAUAAAAAAAAAGCUAGUAGAAUUAUACAUAAAGGGAAACUGUUGCAGUUAUACAAAGGAUGAGGAGUUGUGUCACUUGUACGGGAAGGAGAAGGAUAGCGGGGAUUUGUCUGAGCAUCAGGGAGAGCCCAGUCAAAGGAGUAACGUUGACCAGGCAGGAAAAGACACCAACUUUAUAAUUGAAAAGGAAAAAAUAAAUUUGGAGUUAACCAAGCUGGCAGACAAGUAUACCCGCAUGGUACACAAAAUAAAACAACAUCGUAGAAAAAAUUUAAAAACAAAUUUCAACCUUUUUAUGAAUUUAAUAAAUGAAGUCAUAUCAAAGUUGUACUUUCCUGUUAAUAAUGUUUUACUUAUGGGGGACAACAAGACGGACUUGACCGAUAUUUACAAAACGGUCCGGCGUAAAUACAAUAUACAUGAUGUCCUCUCCAAGGUACAAACGCUCAGUCAGAAGAAAGAGGUGUAUGAACACUACCGUGCGUACUUGAUUUAUAAGUAUAAGACAACUUACUCCGUUUGCGACGAGCUGUUUAAGACGCACCAAAUGGGCGAGAACAUUAACAUUUUUAAUUUUAAAAGUUUUUACAAUACCGACUUUGGGGCGGAUAAAUUUUGUGUCAUUCGUUCUGCGGAAGGGGACCAACAGGAGGAGGGAGCGGCAACUUCCCACGGUGACGAUGCGGUGCGUGAACAGGAGGUACGCAAGGACGAGCAGGGUGAGUCCGGGGACCCCUUCUCCGGCGACGUGUAUGACAUGUACGACGCGGAGGACUUUUUCCAAGUGAACGUGUGCCCUGAUGUGGCGGCAGGAAAGGCGCCUGCGGCGAGGGAUUCCUCCAGUGUGCAGGCCGAGGCCACGGGUACCGCCCAUGUGAAUGGUGGUCCUGUGAAUGGUGGUCCUGUGAAUGGUGACCCCGUGAAUGGUGCCCCGGUUGAGGAGACGCCCCUCGAGCGGGCCAAGCGGAUCGCCCGCGAGAAGAAGCAGAAGCUGUUGGAAAGCAGAGGGAAGAUUAUAUGA